AUGUUAACAGAUGAUGAAAAAAGAAUCGGGUUGCCUGUUGUGAUGCCUACAUUUGAUAGGCAAACAUGUAAUAUUGCCAAAUCGCAAUUAUCCUUUAUAGAUUUAUUUCUAAAGGAUAUGUUCACAAUGUGGCACGAGGCGGACCGUGGACUUGGUACACCCUCAGACGUUUCACAGACAUCGGUGUCGGCAUCGCCAGUGAUCCUUGCCACACAACAAUUUGUCAAAGUAACAGGUAAAGUCGAUCCUUUGACAAAUUGUCUGCUAAACAGUUGUGAUAUCUCUCCUUCUAUCCUGGGGUAUUCACCUGGUCUGGAUUGUCAAGCUAUCUGGGAGAUUAGCUUGCGGCUAUAG